AUGAGAGGCAAAGGUAGUUGUUCUCGUCAUCAAAGUUCUCACAAGGAAACGAGCAGUAAGAGUUAUCCAGAGGAGCAGGCUAGAUCAUCUCCUGGGAGAGGAAAUGAGAGAAAUCCAUUGCGGAAGUUGCCACAAGAGUCAAGAGAAGAAGAAGAGUUUGCGAGAAAUGAUCUGAAAAUAGGGCGGACGAUAAGUAACACGGAGCUGUGUCCUCACACAAGAUUAUUGAUGAUUCAACAUUGGCAUUUGUGGCUCCUCCAAAGAGGUAUUAGUGAGAAUGAGGAUCUCCAGAACCUCACUGAUGGGGAGGUUGCGGAAACAGAGACGUUGCAGUUAGAGGCUAAUAGAUCCCAUGCGAUCAGUAUUCAAAAAGAAGACACAGUGGAGAAGGGAGCUGGUAAUGGGGAGGUGGAGAAAAAGAAAGAGCCACGUAAGAUGUUGUUUAAGCAAACGACAAUGCCUGUGGGUACAUCUAGGAAGAAGUUUGUGCAGGCAAUUCUAUCACCACGUAAGCAUGCGCAGGUCAAGGCUGGUCCGUGCCAAGGAGAUGACACCAAACAGGCUACCGAUAAGGAACCUUCAAACCCUAAGCCCAUCGUCCCCAAAACUCAAAGCAUUUUUAUGGAUUGUACUGCCUAUACUUUUGGUGGUGGGAAGUCGUGGUUAUUUUCUGGUUUUUAA